UUUCCGGUUAAGCGGUACUGAAGCCGCAAUGGCGUCGGUGUUUUCAAAGCUGAAGGCAGGCUGCUGCCAGCAAUCCGCCUCCAUCGGCCUGAGUAUCGGCCAGAGAAGGCUCCAGGGUUUCUGACCCUAUUGCAGAAUGUUAUAUAUACACGCUGAUAGAGCCAUUUGCUGAGAUUCAAAGCGAUAUUAUUGAUAAAAACUUAAAUACCAGAUACAAGUUUUUUGCGUUCGCUAAUCCAAUUUUCCGGACUCCAACUCAACUCAAAACGAAAUAAAAUAAGUUUUUAAUGUUUGGAAACGGCGCCCAUCCUGUAAAAAUCUUCAGGAGCCAAAACAUUGCCAAGAAAAUCCAAGCCCCAGGCGCCAGUUCUUGUGCCUUAAAGUAAAGCCAGAAGUUGCUGCCAGUGGCAGCCCAGCAGAGUAAAGAUUAUGGAAGAAAAGGAACACUUGGGGUGAAUGUUCAGACAGAGGAUCAGGGCCGCCGCCAGCACACUUUCACUUUAAUUUGCUUUUUGCUUUUUUUGUGGGAUGCCAGGCUCAGAGAGAGCCGGGACUAAGGCGGAUGGAGGCGGUGGCCUGGGCACCCUGCAGCCUGGCCCCAGCAGCGGCAGAGAGCGGCGCAAAGCGGCGUCCAGGCACAAGCGACACCGAGCCAAGCACAGCAGGGACUCGCCGGGGGCGGCCGCACAGACACCGCUCACCAAGGUGAAGUCUCUGGUGGAGUACGAUGACAUCAGCUCGGACUCGGACACUUUCUCCGAGGUCACUGUCCGGUCUGAACGGAGGGAGAAGGAAGAGCGGAUGAGCUCAGACAAAGCGAUUAAAGUUCACAAGCAUCACCAUCACCAUCCGCACAAACGAGUUAAGGAGCAUCACAAGUCGAAGGAGACAGAACGGGUGAAAGACCGGGGUAGGAGGCCAGAGUCUGGCAAGUCCAGCACCAGCAGAGAAAGGACUUCUUCCAAAAGGCAGACGAUGGAGGAUGAGGACUGUGGAAAAAAGGAACGCACAUCGCCAUUCUUGAAGCACAGCAGCAAGGAGUCAAAGUCUGCCAAAUCAUACAAAGAGAGGGGCAAGAGAGAGAAAGAGGAGCGAUUGACACAUAAGGAGCGACUGAAGAGUCAAAAGAAAAAUAAGGAAACACCGCGAGGUUAUCGGACAUCCCCCAGUCCAAAAAAGAAAAGUGGAAGCCCAAGACGCAAACGUUCUUCAAGCCCGAAUAGGGAAGACAGCCCCAUUGGGACAUACAGUAAAGGAUACGAUGCCAGUCCUGUUUACAGGUCGCGGACUUCUAGUAAUUAUGAUGGUUACCGGCGAAGUCCUGGUGAUUCCAGCCGGAAACAGUCAGCAAGUCCACCAUAUUAUGGUUCCCGGGAGCCUGCUGCAUACCAAAGCAGUUAUAACAUGCGAUCACCAAGUCCUUACACCAGGAGGCAACGGUCUUCAAGCCCCUACAGCAGGCAUCGAUCGCCCAGCUACGACAGGCACAGCAGCUCGUAUGACUACAGCGGGAGAUCACCCAGUCCAUAUAGCAGGAGGAGGUCGCUCAGUCCGUACAGCACCAGACGGUCAUUCAGCCAAAGCCCAGUGGCCAGGAGGUCAGCAAAGUCAAGGAGCCGGAGCCCGGGGUACUCGAGGCACUCGCGGUCACGCAGUAAGCACAGGCAAUCCCGAUCACGAAGUCGACAUUCAAGUAUUUCACCAAGCCGGUUUACCCUCAAAUCAAGUCUUGGUGCUGAGCUGAGCAAAACUAAGAGGGCAAGAGCUGCCGUGGCAGCCAAGUCCAGCGUGAAAGACUCAAAAGAGCUGAAAGGAUCGGCUGGGGGCAUUUGUAAAGUAAGCACUCAGAGUGCUGGUUCCAGCAGCACAACCUCUGCUGCGUCACUUAAAGACGUGAAGAAAUUGACUAAAAUAAUAAAGAGUGAGAAGCCAGCUUCACCCAUUGAAACCUCAGAUACAGUGACUGUGAAGAUAGAGGAAGACAUUGCUGAGGAGAUGAUUCCAGAACUAAAAAUAAAGACUGAAAUACUGGAGGAUAGCCCAGUACUCUCACCAUUAGCGCUGGUGCUAAAAGAAUCUAAAUCGCCAGUGGUGAAAUGUGAGUUGGGAACACCAAAGGAGAAGACUGUGCCGCCAUUACCAAACGAAAGCGAUCUGGAGAAACCUCCGCUUCCUCCUUCAGGUUCUGCUCCACCACCAUUACCUCCAACAUCUCCCCCUGUAACACUGCCUCCAGCCCCACUACAACCACCACCUCCCCUACCACCAGUGACUCUGAACCAGUCUCAGCCUCUGCCAGAGAUUCUGACUGAAGCACCAUCACCAAUACCCACAGUGCAGCUACCACAGCUCCCAGGGCACUUGCCAUUACCAUUGCCACCGGUAUCAGUACCUGUAUUGGCUCCUGUACCAGUCUUGACCCACCCACCAAUUGUCUCUCAGCCACCACCGUUGCGGACCACAGUGUUGGGCAGUGCGCUCCCCAUGCCACCCAUGUUGAACUCAGUCAUGCCCUUACUGACUUCAACACUGCCACCAUUGCCAUUGCCUCCACUCCUCCCUGGGGAAGAUGAUAUAGAAAGUCCUAAGGAGAUCCAGCAUGUGAAACCUUCCAAGAAAGACAGAGACCAAAGAACAAGGCAUUUACUAGCAGACCUCCCACUUCCACCAGAACUGCCUGGAACAGAUCCCUCACCGCCAGAUUCACCGGAGCAGAAGGCACCGCCUCCAUCUCAGCCAGUCCUUAAAAAGAGGCCCAAAAUCUGUUGUCCUCGCUAUGGUGAAAAAAAGGAGACUGAAAGCGACUGGGGCAAGCGGUGUGUAGAUAAAUUUGACAUCAUUGGAAUCACUGGUGAAGGGACGUACGGGCAAGUUUACAAGGCGAAGGAUAAGGACACAGGUGAGAUGGUUGCUCUUAAAAAGGUUCGGCUGGAUAACGAAAAGGAGGGAUUCCCCAUCACGGCCAUUCGAGAAAUCAAGAUCCUUCGUCAGCUCAACCAUACCAGUGUGGUCAACAUGAAGGAAAUUGUGACGGACAAACAAGAUGCACUGGACUUCAAAAAAGAUAAAGGAGCUUUCUACCUGGUCUUUGAGUACAUGGACCAUGAUUUGAUGGGUUUGCUGGAGUCAGGGCUGGUGCAUUUUACUGAGGACCACAUCAAGUCCUUCAUGCGGCAACUGAUGGAUGGUCUGGAUUACUGUCAUAAGAAGAAUUUUCUGCACCGUGAUAUUAAAUGCUCCAACAUCCUCCUCAACAACAGUGGACAGAUCAAGCUGGCGGAUUUUGGUUUGGCCCGAUUGUACAACUCAGAGGAGAGCCGUCCGUACACUAACAAAGUCAUCACACUGUGGUACCGCCCACCUGAAUUGCUGCUGGGGGAGGAACGAUACUCUCCAGCCAUCGAUGUUUGGAGCUGUGGGUGUAUCCUUGGGGAACUCUUCACUAAAAAGCCAAUCUUUCAAGCCAAUCAGGAGCUGGCGCAGCUUGAACUCAUCAGUCGAUUAUGCGGCAGCCCUUGUCCUGCUGCUUGGCCUGAUGUCAUUAAACUGCCGUAUUUUCACACGAUGAAACCGAAGAAGCAAUAUCGGAGACGCCUUCGUGAAGAGUUUGCAUUCAUUCCUCUCCCUGCACUGGAUCUACUUGAUCACAUGCUGACCCUUGACCCCAGCAAACGCUGCACUGCUGAGCAGACCCUCCAGAGUGAUUUCCUGAAAAAUGUCGAUCCCACAAAAAUGCCACCUCCUGACCUUCCUCACUGGCAGGAUUGCCACGAGCUCUGGAGUAAAAAGCGUCGACGACAGAAGCAAGCAGGAAUCAUUGAAGAUCCGCCUGUGCAAAAGACAGCUCGUAAAGAAACCGUGAUCAGCACUGAUGACAGUAGGAACAGCACACCACAGAUUGCCCCACCAGGACAGAGUAAAGCACAGAGCAGCACCACAGACGUGGGCGGCAUCAGAGACGCUGCACAACAACUAAACCAGAAUGAGUUAGCAGUGCUGCUCAACCUGCUCCAGACACAGACCAACCUCAGCCUCACCCAGCUGGCGCAAGCAUUGAAUGUCAGUACUAACCCAGAGACACAACAGCAGUGGAACGUCCUUAGCCAAUCACUCGUGGCUCUGGCUGAGGCCACCAGUCAGCAGCAGGAUGCUCAGCCUUCCACAGUGACUCAAAGUACAUCCUCCCCUGUACCAUCCAUCCAACCUGCUCCGACAGCAGCACCGGUCCCAUCUGCUGCAACGCCCCUACCACCAGUACCAGCUCCGCUUCCGCAGACCCUUGCUGCCCUACCACAGGCGCCACCAACCCAGCCAUCUCAGUCCAUAUCUCAGGCGGCUGACCCCCAGACCGACACACAGAACUUGUUGACUGUUUUACUGAGUCAGCUGAUUAAAACUCAGGAACCCGCUACAGUGCCUGAAGAAAGUAAUGGCAUCAAAGCGAGUGAUGGACCACAGCAGCUGCAGACUGCCACUACCACUACUGAUGCCACAGAUGGUGCUGCCCUCACUAAACUGGAUGUAAAGGUUCCUGGGCUGCCUCCUGCACUCAGUCAAACUCGAAUUCUUCCUCCAGACCAGCGACCGCCAGAGCCCCCUGGCCCCCCACCCACCUUGGGCGAUACUGAUUGUCGAAUUAACCUGGGAGUGAGCCCCUCUACCAAGGACCCAAACGCAGGAGUGAAAGCUGCUUUGCUGCAGUUGCUCAACAAAGAGGAAUCACAGGAGAAUGACAGACUUAGCAGAGUGCCAGAGUAUGGCAGCUCACAUUUAGCAAACAGCUAUGGUACAGACGGGUUCAGGGAUAAUGUCAGUACAAGUGAAAGGAGAGACUCUGAGAUGACUGGGCACACGUUACUGGACAGCAAAUCUGCGGUGUGUGCCAGCACCUCCCAACAACUGACCCAAUCCAGGACAUUGCCCAGCUCAAUGAGUGAGUUUGGAGAGUCCAGUACAUACCAGGACAUGGGUGCGAUGCAGUUUACAGCAGAUCAAGACCACCGGUUUAACUUUACCAGAGUUACUUUACCAGCUUUGGUAACUGGUGCAGAAGGUAGCAAUAGCACAAGCAUGCCUGCAGAUGCCAAACCACCGAACUACAGCUACAGUAGCCCAAUGCCAGGAAGUGCUGUGCCCGGCAGCACCAUGACUGGGCUGAGCUGGAAUGCACCAUCGCGGGGCUCAGGGUAUAACAGGGCACAUGGCAGAAUACCAACCAGAGGUGGCAGAGGGAGGGGUGUACCAUACUAACCCUGGGACUCACCUUUAGUGUUGUUUUACUAUCAUGUCCUUGAACAGAAGCAACUGUGAUCACCUUUGACAGGGUUGAAGAAAUCCACUCCCCCAUAUCCAUUCCUGACAAGGCGGGGUCUGGCCACAGGGGGAUCAUUUGGCUUACAAGCAGCCAUCUGCAGUGUGUGAACUGGAGGCCCUUUAUCAUAGGGUGAGGAAUCUUUCACUGUAAAGUUACACUGUUGGGGAGAUUUCCCCAUGAUCUAUAUAAUCAAUUUGCAAACAUUGAAGUCCUUGAAGACUGUCGGACAAUACUGAAAGGAAAUUAUAUGAGGGAGCAAUUCUCUAGCCGUGUUGGCAUGUCAAGAUGCAACAAUACAGGUUGUGGGAAGUCUGUGGAAUUGCAGGUGGGCUUGAAGUAAAGCCCAAAGUAUAAUAUGUAGAGUAAUCCCUAAAGUGGAAAGAUUAUUAACGAGCCUGCUGUCAGAGAAAUACACUGGAAUCUGCUUGGCAGACUGGCUUGUAUCAUCUGUUUAUUAUAAAGGUUUCAAACCCCGGACCAUUUCCUCCUCAUUUCUCUGUAACUGAGCCUCAGUGGAAGCCACUUUAUGUUGUGUUAUUUUCUAAAGUUACAAGCAUCUCAGCAAAGCUGCAAUUAAAGCUGAACAAUGUUCUCACCUGGCUUAAGGUGUGAAUUCCUUUACCUGUGAGCGGGUUCAGUCAGUGACCCAAAUAUUGCUGCACUUCUCUACAGUGUCACUCAGUGCUGCUUCCAUUCUUUCUGGUUGAACCCAUCCCCCUCAUGGAAUCCAGAUUAUGAUCCCGUCUACCCCAUCAUUGAUCCAUGUUUUUCUCAAUUCUUUAUUCACUUUUUUUAAUAUUCUACCAUUUUACAUUCUGCUAAAUUGCCACAUAAUCCUAAAUGUUGGAAUAAGAAAUUGCCUUGCAUUUCCAAUCUCUUUAUGCUUUCAAGCUGUGGGUUUUGUGUUGGACCAUCUCUUGUGUGACUUGAAUUGCAUGAGCUCCCAUAGCCCCCAACCACCGCCUCCCUGUGGGGAGCUUCUGCACAGAAUGUCACUGGGCUUUCCAGUGGCAGCAGGAGGGAGCCUGCGGGGGUCUGCAUGGACCUCCCGGAGACCCACACAUGUAGACUGAUGUGGCAUUUCAGUGCAGUGGCCUCUACUUCGACAUCAUCUUUCUGGGUGGGCUCCACAUCAAGACACGGUUUAGUUGCUAUAGUAACAAAUUAUUGUUCUGAGGAUAAGGUUACUGAAUUUUUUUUCAGCUUUUAGUAAAUUUUACUUUAAUAAAAAAAUAAUAAAUU